AGGUUGUCAAUUGUCAAAAGUGCGUUCUCUAAUUCUCUACGGAAAUAGGUUUAUGUUGUGUAUUUUAAGAAAAAUGCCGAAAUACUAUUGUGAUUAUUGCGAUACUUACUUGACCCACGAUUCACCUAGCGUCAGAAAAACCCAUUGUACGGGCAGGAAACACAAAGAUAACGUAAAGUUCUAUUAUCAGAAAUGGAUGGAAGAACAAGCACAACAUCUUAUUGAUGCUACGACCGCCGCGUUCAAAGCUGGUAAAAUUGCUCAGAAUCCAUUUGGUAACAAAGGAGCAGCCAUACCUCCUCCUUGGGAUCCUUCUGUUAUGGCGCAAGGAGGACCCAGACCACCCGUACCCGCACCUGGUGGACCUCCAGGGAUGUUGCCACCUCCGGGAAUGGGUCCCGGCGGACCUAUGGCUCCUCCUAUGAUGAUGGGACCACAUGGACCUAUGCCUCCAAUGAUGGGGAUGCGGCCACCUAUGAUGGGUCCAUUGAUGGGACCCAUGGGCCCUAUGGGUCCAAUGGGUCAGAUGAGACCCCCGUUAAUGAAUGGACCUCCAAUGAACAAAUAGUGCAAAGUGAACAAUUAUAAAUGAACAAUAUAGACAAAGAUGUCUAGAAAACGAGAAAGUGUUGCAUAUUUAAGGUUAUGUUAAUUACAGAUGUAAAUGUAUUAAAUAUAUUUAAAGUGAAUGUAAAGAUUGUUUUAAUGUUCAUAUAUCAUUCAUUAUUAUAAAAGCAGUUAAAAUGUAGUAAAGAGUGACCCAAGAGAGUUUUUGCAAACUGUUUCAACAGUAAUUACUAGAGUUGUGAUACUCAUACAAGUUUUAACCUCAUGAAUACAUCUUGAUAAUGUUGCUUAGAGACAUUAAG